AUGGAGGCUCCCGAGAGCAGAAAGAGAACUCGAAGCGACGAUGAUGCACUCUCGAUCCGCUCGAAACGACACCAAUCGAACAAUGGCGACGGGCAAAGCCUUUGCCACAGCGACUACACCGUUGGCUGGGUUUGCGCUCUACCCAUUGAGAUGGCAGCGGCAAAAGCUAUGCUAGACAGCAUUCACGUCCCUUUGCGCCGCAAGGAAGGCGAUAUCAAUACCUACACCUUCGGCCGCGUUGCUGAGCAUAAUGUUGUUAUCGCAUGCCUCCCAGCGAGCCAAUACGGCACAAACAACGCCGCUACAGUGGCCAGCAAUAUGAGUCGAAGCUUCUCCUCGAUCACCACUCGAUUGAUGGUUGGAAUUGGUGGUGGAGUGCCCGAUAGCGGGAUCGACAUACGAUUAGGAGAUGUUGUCGUCGGGAAUGAAGUGAUGCAGUACGACUUGGGCAAGGUCUUGCCCGACGGCCAGUUUCAGCGAACAGGCCGCACUACCACACCCCCUCACACGAUCAUGACUGCUGUGUCCAAGUUACAAGCAGAUUAUGAGAAUGCGCCCAGCGGAAUUCCCAGCAUCCUCUUGGACAUGCUUGGCCAAAACGAGCAAAUGAUCUCAUACGCCCGACCUAGCUUGCCGGAUCGCUUGUUCCUCCACUAUGGCAAAAUUGCAUCCGGCAACCAGGUCGUCAAGGACGGCGAAUUACGUGCUAAGAUGGCGGAGGAACUUGGUAUCAUCUGCUUGGAGACCGAGGCUGCAGGACUGCAUGAUUCUCCUUGCCUUGCUAUUCGCGGCAUUUGCGACUACUCAGAUUCUCACAAGAACAAAGCAUGGCAGAAAUAUUCCGCUGCUGUCGCUGCUGCUUACGCCAAGGAACUCCUGUUAGUCAUGCCUACACAGCAACGAAGGGAUGAAGAAGCAAGGUCCCACAAACGUUCUGUUAAUGAUAAUAGUUUUGGAAACAACACUAGUCGAAUAGAGGCAGUGUUGGGCUCAUUAACGUUUGAGCAAAUCAACUCGCGCCAUGCGACAAUCAAGACUCAACAUUCCAAAACUUGCCAAUGGUUGCUUGGCCACCCAAAGUACGUCGAGUGGCUUGAAUCAAUCCAUUUUGCCAGCCAUCAUGGAUUCCUGUGGAUCAAUGGAAAGCCCGGCGCUGGGAAGUCAACAUUGAUGAAGUUUGCCUACACCUACAUGAAGAACAAGUGGAAAGCAACAACCGACGCAGCCGUCAUCUCUUUCUUCUUCAACGCCCGAGGCGUUCACCUGGAAAGGUCAACAGAGGGAAUGUAUCGGUCCUUGCUUUUUCAAGUCAUUCAAAAAUUCCCGGACGUCUUACACGAUUCAGACCACGUCUUCCAAGCCAGGCACAACCAGGCCACCUGGGAUAUCGAGACGCUCCAGGCUCUUUUCACCCAUGCGGUUACCAGACUUGGCCAGCGACAGAUUACCUGCUUCAUCGAUGCUCUGGAUGAAUGUGACAUAUCUGAGGUUGAGAACAUGGUCGAGUGUUUCGAAGACCUUGGAGAUCAAGCUGCCGAAAGCCAAACGAAAAUUUACAUAUGUUUUUCCAGUCGCCACUAUCCGCAUAUCGAGAUACGUAACGGAUUAAAACUCACGUUAGAGGAUCAGCCAGGCCACGGCGAAGACCUUGUGAAGUAUGUCCGAAGCAAAUUACGAGCCGGCAACAGCAAGGCGUCUCAGGAGGUCUCUGCCGAAAUCCUAGAGAGGGCCUCAGGAGUUUUUCUAUGGGUGGUACUCGUCGUUGACAUACUUAACAGAGAGUUCCGCAAUGGUCGCAUGUGGGCAGUAAAGCGGCGACUAAGGGAGCUGCCCGAUGGGCUUAGUAACCUUUUCAAGGAUAUACUUUGCCGGGACAAUCAGAAUAUGGACGAUCUGUUACUUUGCAUCCAGUGGAUCUUAUAUGCAGCAAGACCCUUGACGUGUGAAGAGUACUACUUUGCCCUCGUAUCAGGACUGGACCCAAGCCCUGAGAACUUGGUUAGGUGCGAUCGAGAAUCCACUACCACUGGUGACAUGGAGCUGUAUCUUCUUAGCUCUUCGAAAGGCCUUGCCGAACUUGUCAAGUCGAAGAAGCGAACUGUGCAGUUCAUUCAUGAAUCGGUACGCGAUUUUCUCAUCAAGGACAACGGGAUUCGCCAGUUAUGGCCAAACCACGCAGCGAACUUUGAAAGCUACAGCCACGAUCGACUGAAACAAUGCUGUGACAAUUAUUGUAACAUUGACAUUUCCGAAAUCGUACCCCAGGGCGAGCCUCUGCCUACCGCCUCGUCAAAGCUGGCAAAAGAGCUACGUACUCGAGUCUCAAAGGAGUUCCCAUUUCUUGACUACGCGACACGACAUGUUCUUCAUCAUGCAAAUUCUGCCGAGGACGAUUUUCCGCAGAUUACAUUCUUGAGGAACUUCGGAUUGAAGCGCUGGCUUUAUUUGUCCAACUUGUUUCAACAGUAUGAAGUUCGUCGUUACACAACCGAGGCUUCUUUAGUCUACAUCCUUGCUGAACACAACCUACCGUCUCUUGUCCGAUCUGCAGUUGACAACGGAUUUGAUGCUCAUCCGAAAGGAGAGAGAUGCAAAUACCCUCUUUUGGUUGCUCUGAAAUAUGGCCAUGAAGAGGUACUCAAGGCACUUCAGCCUCAUUGCAAGGCCUUGGACAAAAUUAUUAGUCAAGAUGAUUACCACAAAGCGUUCUCGCUUCCAGGAACUACGACCGUGCUCCAUUAUGCUGCGGAGCACGGCUAUCUAUUACUCCUAACACACUUACUCGAAUUCAUGACACCAACAAUUAACGCACAAGAUAGGCGGUAUGGUGGCCGUACUCCUUUGAGUUAUGCAGCGCACUAUGGCCAUGAAGCUUGUUUACGAGCGCUGCUCUCCUGCGGUGCCCACAUCGAGGCCGCCGAUGAGGACGGCCGGACGCCGCUGUUGUCUGCCGUGAUUGGGAAAGGGGGGAGGAAUGAGGCCGUUGUGCGGCUGCUGCUUGACCGGGGCGCGCAGAUUGAGGUGACUAACGAGUACGGCUGGACGCCGCUGUUGCUUGCCGUGGGUUAUUAUGGGGUAAGGAAUGAGGCCGUUGUGCGGCUGCUACUUGACCGUGGCGCGCAGAUUGAAGCAGCUGACAAGGACGGCCGGACGCCGUUAUCGUAUGCUGCAGAGAAUAGGAGCGAGAACGGGAACGAGAAUGAGCCUGUGAUACAGCUGCUGCUUAACCGGGACGCGCAGAUUGAAGCAGCUGAUAAAAAUGGCCGGACGCCGUUAUCGUAUGCUGCAGAGAACGGCAACGGGAUCAAGGCCAUUGUACAGCUACUGCUUGACCGGGGCGCGCAGAUUGAGGCGGCUGACAAGGACGGCCGGACGCCGUUAUCAUAUGCUGUAGAGAAUAGAAGCAAGAACGGCAAUGAGGCCGCUGUGCAGCUGCUGCUUGACCGGGGCGCGCAGAUUGAAGCAGCUGACAAAGACGGCCGGACGCCGUUAUCGUAUGCUGCAGGGAACGGGUUUGGGAACGAGGCCAUUAUACGGCUGCUGCUUAACCGGGGCGCGCAGAUUAAGGCAGCUGACAAGGACGGC